GUGCCAAGCUGAUCUAUUAUUCACAGGGCUUUCUUGCAGACAUGUGGCAGCAGGUCUUACAGAGCGUCCGGUCGUAUGACUCACCCCAGAGAAAUGUGAUUGCAGCUUCUUGCGUGCUCGGAGGUGGAGGCCUCUUGGUUUAUUGGCUUCUGUCCAGGCACAGGAUGAAGACUCUGGAAAUGGGAGAUGGAUGGUGGGGUUCUGGGGUGAAGUCAUCGAGAGACAAAGAAGAUGAAGGAAUUAGACCCUUCCAAGUGAAAACAUCUGAGAAGGAAAUUCAGGAUUUGUACCAGCGUCUUGACCAGGCCCGUUAUACCCCACCGCUGGAGGGUUCUGCUUUCAACUAUGGUUUCAACUCCAACUACCUUCAGAGGGUGAUCUCCUACUGGAGGAACCAGUUUGACUGGCAGAAGCACGUUAAAAUCCUCAACCAAUAUCCACAUUAUAAAACAACCAUUGAAGGGAUUGAAAUUCAUUUUAUCCACGUGAAACCAUCUCGUAACCUGAGAGGCCUGGCAGCCAAGCCUCUGCUGAUGGUGCAUGGCUGGCCUGGUUCAUUCUACGAGUUCUAUAAGAUCAUCCCACUUCUUACUGACCCAGUUGGUCAUAGACUGAGUGAUGAGGAUAUAGUCUUUGAGGUCAUCUGUCCAUCCAUUCCAGGAUACGGCUUCUCUGAGGCCCCCCACCAGCAGGGCUUUGACACGAUAGCUUGUGCUCGGAUCUUUCACAAGCUGAUGCAGAGACUGGGCUUCCAGGAAUAUUAUGUACAGGGGGGAGACUGGGGUUCCCGGAUCACCACAAACAUGGCCCAGAUGCUGCCAAAGUCUGUAAAGGGACUUCACCUGAACUUCGUCUUCGUGCCCAAAAUUGGUUGGAGUAGCUUGGUGUCUUUACUGCUGGGAGCCUACGUACCAUGGUUGGUGGGCCUCACCAGAGAAGACUCACGUCUCCUGUUCCCAUACUUUAAGAAGCAUAUAUAUGACCUCUUGCGGGAGUCUGGCUACAUGCACAUUCAGGCCACCAAGCCAGACACAGUAGGAUGCGGACUGAAUAAUUCUCCUGUGGGCCUUGCUGCAUACAUUCUAGAGAAGUUCUCCACCUGGACUGAUAAAUCAUUCCGAAACUUGGACAAUGGAGGUCUGGAAAGGAAAUACUCUCUGGAUGAACUUUUAACCAAUGUCAUGAUCUAUUGGGUGUCUUCCUCCAUUGUGUCAUCAAUGCGCUUUUACAAAGAGAACUUCUCUCAGAACCCUGCCAGUGCUCCUGAUGCCAGGAUUGAUGUCUAUGUUCCCACUGGUGUUGCUGCCUUCCCUAAUGAAAUCACCCACACCCCUCGGUCCUGGGCAAAGAAGAAGUAUAAGAACAUUGUUACCUAUUCCCACAUGCCCCGUGGUGGGCACUUUGCCGCCUUUGAGGAACCAGAGCUUUUGGCUCAAGACAUUAGACAGUUUGUAAGGAAGGUGGAGCAUCUGUGAAUAAGCGGCAUGUCAUGAGCAUUACAGAAAUGCAAGAGGGAACCUGAAGCUUAGGGCAACUUGCAAUAGUCAAAACAAAAUAUUGUAAUUUAAUUGCUACUUAAGCUUCAGAGAGUCAGAUGCUCCUCUUAUGAGAGGCUGUUAUCACACAAGGAAGUUAAAAAAAUAUUGCAUCAAAUGUGAAUCAUGUCCCCUCUUUUAUUUAAAAGAUCAUUCCGACUCUCAUUGACUUCAUUUUACAGACAUGUUACAGACAGAUUACUUUUACAGUUGAUUGAAGUAGCACCUCCACAAAACAUGAACACUUUACACAACACUGUGGAUUUUUUAAAUGAGCUAAUUGUUUGCAGCUGACUUUUGAAGUAUUUUAAGGGAUAAAAGCUCUACUUUUAUAGGGCCAGUACCAGAAAUCAUCCACUUCUCUCUGACCGUGUCCUCUUAAUCUGUGGAUCUAUUCCACGGCUUUGAUAACUGUCUUAGAACAGAGCCUGUGUACCAAUAGCAGAAUAUCUGCAGUGUUUUAUUUGCUUUGAACAAGCAUGUUUGUUCAGCCUUUCCCAGAAAGUAAUUCAGUACAAAGUACCACAAGUCCCAGACACCUUAUAAGGCUCUGAGAUUGGAAAGCCCUUCCCUUAACCAUUUCUUGUUUGUAGUUAUUCUAUCAGUGCACAGUGCUGGUCUGGAGAGUAUUCAGAAGUCAGACAUACAACCUGUGCAUAUAAACCUUUAUACAGCACACACUUCUAGGUCUCUAUUUCAUCCUGAAACAUGGUAGCAAAACAAUCCAAUCUACAGCACUACAUUCCUCCAUUAGUUUCUUGACACAGAAUCUUGUUCUCAGGGUACAGAAAUUACCUAUCCUAUCCAGCUGCCCCACAUGUAGCUUUCUUUAAUUUAUUCUUCCCUUUCUAGAGGACAGCAGUCUACCCCAAUACCCACUGGAAAGCCAUUCUCCCCAAAUUUGUCAACUAUUUUCACUGGACCUUAAAAGCAAUACAACACCUCAUAGUGGCUCUGCUCAAAUUAUGUGAAGGUUCUCUAUUUUGGAUUAGGUCCUCCAGGAGUCUCCUAUUCUCUAUCUUAAUGUAAGCACAGAAUAAAGCAGAUCACUAUCACAAUGUAAGGUAGUCUAUAGGAGGUCAGUCUUUCUUCUGUCUGACAUGCAUUAAUUUCAAAAGUGCUUCUAGUUUAGCUUUGGUCAAAGCCAGGGAAGAGGGGAGCAACUUCUAUACCUUUAGAAUUAAUUUAGUGCUCUGCAAUUAAGACCCACUUCCACAAGAAGCACUAUUAGGAUGUUCACUUCUAUGCAAGAAAGAAAAUCUGUCGUAUCAGCCAAGUAGAACCAUUGUGAAGAAAGCAAAGCGAGCAUUUCAAUAAUAUUACUCAUGCUAAAAAUUUAAGGGCGUGUGUGUCUCCUCUCUCACAAUACUCAGAUACUUCUCAGAAGAACCAAUGUCUAGAAAACACAUGUGAAAAUACUGCAUCAGU